GUUCUAUUUUUAUAAAAUGUCGAAAAAGUUUAUUUUAGACAAUAUAUUCUUUAAUAAAAAAUAAAUGGAGUCGGAAAUAAAAGAAAAAAAUAAAGAACAAAAUAAAAGAAAACGCAGCAUGUAUAAACGUCUAGAAGAAAAGUAUGAAGAUCACCUAAACGAAACGUUGCCAAAAGAUCAUCAUCGAGGAGAUAUUGCUUCGUCUAAUAGAUUUCUCGGUUAUUCAGACACCGUAAUGGCGACCUGUGCAACUUUUCUUGUGCUCCCUAUACGAAAUUUAAAAAAGCACACAGAAAAUCAACCUCUUUUGGAUUUUAUUUACUCAAACUAUCUUCAAUUUAUUGAAUUUUUUUUUGGUUUUUUAAUAAUUCUCACAAUUUGGGAAAACUUGAACAUUCGCGCAAUAGUUAUUAAACGGGUUGAUGACUUCAUUUUGGCACUGGUUAUUUUUGAAAUGUUAGCAACUUCUAUUCUUCCUUUUACUUUAGAACUGCAAGGACAUUAUCCAAAUGAAAAAGUGUCAGUUAUAUCAACGUGCGUUGUUUUAGGAAUUCUUCAGAUAAUCGACAUUGGAAUCAUACUAUAUGCUACAUAUUCACCAAAGCUUCUGCAUGUUGAUUUAAAAAACUGGACAAAGUUAGAUCUUCAAGAAUUAAGGCUAAUAAUGGUUUUUAAACCAAUCGUUAGCCUAAUUUUACUUACAAUUGCAGGGGCGUUUUCUCUGGUUCACUAUGGUGUAUCGUGGGCCUUUAUUACAUUGUUGAUUUUAAUGCCAACGAUUCGCAAACUUUACUGGUUCAUUCGUCGACGAAUGAAAAAGUUCGAAGAAACCGAAAAAGGCUCUUUUUUAGAACACUUUUCAAAAGGUAGCAUUUCGAAAGAACGUCUUGAAACAAUGAGCGACAAUGGGGUUGCAAUUAUUGCAUGCAUCCUUAUUGUUGAUAUUACUGUUGAUGACUUUCCUCAAAAAAACGCUGUUGGUAAACUAGGUCUCAAUUACAACUUAAAUCACAUGACUCCUGAAUUUCUCACAUUUCUUGCCUCAUUUAGUUUGGUUUCUGCUUUAUGGUACAUAAACCAUUCCGUCCUACAUUUAGUUAAAACUGUCGACACUAUUAUGUUGUACUUUCAGAAAACAUUCCUCGUGUUUUGUUGUCUUUGUCCACUUGCAGGAAACAUGGUAUUACGUUUUGCAACAAAACGUAACCACGAUUCUGUUACUGCUGUUCGUUUUUCUGCAAUGAUUGUGUUUAUUUCAAGUAUAGCAAAUUUUUUUAUUUAUUUAUAUGGUUUGAUUGCUGGAUCGAAAUACUUUUAUGAUUGGGCUUCGACAAAACAUUUCUAUAAAAAUAAACAACAACAUUUGUAUGCUUUAGCUAAAGCACUCAAUUUACCAUUUUGGUCAUUGAUUUGCAUACUCGGGACUUUGGGAUCAACUUAUGCUAUACCUUAUAUACUGUAUGUAACGUUUCUUUCUGCUCUAUUUUCAUUUUUUGCUUCAAAAAUAGUUCUUAUGAACCAUGUUGGGAAAGCCGCGGCAUACAUAAGAAAAACUAUCAAACGCCAAGCAUUUUCCAAAGAGACAAUUAUAGAAUGCGCUGGUAACAAUAAGAAAGACUUUUCAUUUGUCUCAACAAACACUUCAUCAGAAACUCGAUAUCAAGGGUUUUAUAAUAUUGGAAACGAAAACUUAAAUUGAGAACUUGAAAACUUUUUGAUGAGUUUUUAGUUUAAUAAGCUAACAGUUUUUAAAUAAUUUAUCUAAUAUGCUAAACGAAUAAUUUGUUAUCAAUUAGUUAGAUCUAUAUCAGUAAAAAAAAUCUUGUAGAAAACAUUAUUUGUCAAUCUACGCAAAUAAAACUAAUUCUUUCGA